GAAUGUUGUGAAAGGUUGGCAUACUAUGGAAUGAGUACCAAUUUGGUGAACUAUCUUUCGGAUCGCCUUAACCAAGGAAGUGUACGUGCCUCUACCAAUGUUUCAAAUUGGUCGGGGACAUGCUACGCUACACCAUUGCUUGGAGCUUUCUUAGCCGAUGCAUACUUGGGACGAUACUGGACGAUCGCAAGUUUCUCUAUCAUCUACUUCAUUGGAAUGACACUAUUAACACUAUCAGCCUCUUUGAAAUCACUACAACCUGUUUGUGAUGCCGAUGGUUGCCACCCGUCCUCAACCCUAACCACUAUCACCUUUGUGGCACUCUACAUGAUCGCUUUAGGCACCGGUGGCAUCAAACCAUGUGUGUCAUCAUUCGGGGCGGACCAGUUUGAUGAAACUGAUGUAAGAGAGCGAAAAAGGAAGAGUUCAUUCUUCAACUGGUUCUAUCUGUCCAUCAACAUAGGUGCACUUUUCGCGUCAUCAGUGUUGGUAUGGAUACAAAUGAAUGUAGGCUGGGGGUGGGGGUUCGGUGUCCCGGCUGUUGCUAUGGCGAUAGCUGUGGUCUUUUUCUUCUCUGGCAGUCCUUUGUAUCGGAUUCAAAAGCCUUCGGGUAGUCCUUUCGUUAGGCUUUUCCAAGUGGUGAUCGCGUCGUUCAGGAAGAUUAGUGUUAAAGUCCCAAAGGAUAAUUCGCUUCUUUACGAGACCACUGAUGCUGAAUCGCAGAUUGUUGGAAGCCGAAAGCUUGCGCAUAGCAAUAAGCUAAGGUUUUUCGACAAGGCUGCAGUGGAGACCGAAUCAGACCGCAACAAGGCCACGAACAAUCCAUGGAAACUAUGCACGGUAACUCAAGUCGAAGAGCUCAAAUCCAUCAUCGGACUCCUCCCCGUUUGGGCGUCGGGGAUCAUAUUCGCAGCCGUCUACAGCCAAAUGAGCACAAUGUUCGUCCUACAAGGUAACACCAUGGACCAACACAUAGGUCCCAACUUCAAAAUCCCAUCAGCCUCUCUCUCCAUAUUCGACACGCUUAGUGUCAUCUUCUGGGCUCCAGUCUACGAACGCGUGAUCAUCCCCAUUGCCCGAAGGUACACACGCCACGAACGAGGCUUCACGCAGCUCCAACGCAUGGGAAUCGGCCUCUUGAUCUCCUUAUUCUCCAUGAUGGCAGCUGCAGGCUUGGAAGUUGUCCGUUUAAACUAUGUUAAAAAACACAAUCUUUAUGAUGAGGAAACAAUUCCCAUCACCAUCUUCUGGCAAGUACCUCAGUAUUUCUUGAUCGGUUGCGCUGAAGUGUUCACAUUUAUUGGGCAACUAGAGUUUUUCUACGACCAGGCGCCAGACGCAAUGAGAAGUUUGUGUUCAGCGCUGUCGUUGACCACAAUCGCAUUGGGGAAUUACCUGAGUACCGCGCUUGUGACGGUUGUGGCCGAGGUGACUACGAAGAAUGGGAAGCCCGGGUGGAUAGCGAACAACUUGAAUGAGGGACAUCUUGAUUACUUCUUUGCGUUGUUGGCGGUUUUGAGCUUGUUGAAUUUGGUUGUUUACGUGUUCAUUGCCAAGUGCUACACAUACAAGAAAGUUAGUGGGUAUCCGAAUUGAGUGUAGUUGGAUCUUUGAUCUUCUCGUGAUUUAUGGGUUGUAAAUGUAGGGAGGACUGGUUGAUUAUUUGUUUCUUGAUUUUGUCUAUCGU